AUGGCACAGAAUACUGAGGUUGAUGAUAAUGGAAGAGAGAACAAACCCAACCAAAAAGUUUCAUUCUACAAACUCUUCACUUUUGCAGAUGCUCUUGAUGUGAGUUUGAUGAUCAUUGGCAACAUCUCUGCCAUUGCUAAUGGAAUGUCACAGCCUAUCAUGACUCUUAUUCUUGGCAGAAUCAUCAACGCCUUUGGUAACACUGAUCCACACCAUACUCUCAAACAAGUUUCUAAGGCUUCAUUGUUGUUUGUUUACCUCGCUGUUGGGACCGGAAUCGUAUCGUUCCUACAGGUAUCGUGUUGGAUGGUGACAGGAGAAAGACAAGCUGCGAGGAUUCGUAGUUUGUACUUGAAAACAAUAUUGAAACAGGAUAUUGCGUUUUUCGAUACUGAAACAAACACAGGAGAGGUAAUUGGUAGAAUGUCUGGUGACACAAUUCUCAUUCAAGAUGCAAUGGGAGAAAAGGUUGGCAAGUUUACUCAACUUGUUACAUCAUUUUUUGGUGGCUUUGUGGUUGCUUUCAUAAAAGGAUGGAGACUAGCUGUAGUUUUGCUUGCAUGUGUACCAUGUGUUGUCGUUGUUGGCGGAGUCAUGUCUAUGCUCAUGGCGAAAAUGUCGACUCGUGGACAAGCGGCUUAUACAGAAGCCGGAAAUGUUGUUGAUCAAACUGUUGGAGCCAUCAGAACAGUUGCAUCUUUUACUGGGGAGAAAAAAGCGAUUGAAAAGUACAAUGAAAAAUUAAAAGUUGCUUAUACGACUACGGUUCAACAAGGAACUGCGACAGGAUUUGGAAUGGGGUUACUUUCAUUGAUUGUGUUUAGCACCUAUGGACUUGCAAUGUGGUAUGGUUCCAUGUUAGUCCUUGAGAAGGGAUAUACUGGUGGAACUGUCAUGAGUGUAAUCAUAGCUCUUAUGACCGGUGGAAUGUCACUGGGUCAGACAUCCCCAUGCAUAGAUGCAUUUACUGCAGGCCAAGCAGCAGCAUAUAAAAUGUUUGAGACGAUUAAAAGAAAGCCCAAAAUCGAUGCAUAUGACACAAGUGGUGUUAUCUUGGAAGACAUAAAAGGAGAUAUCGAACUCAAAGAUGUUUACUUUAGAUAUCCUGCAAGGCCAGAUGUGCAGAUAUUUGCUGGAUUUUCGCUGUUUGUUCCAAGUGGCACAACUACUGCUUUGGUCGGUCAAAGUGGGAGUGGAAAGUCUACUGUAAUCAGUUUAUUGGAAAGAUUCUAUGAUCCUGAUUCUGGAGAAGUACUUAUAGAUGGUGUGAAUUUGAAGAAUUUGCAGCUUAAAUGGAUAAGGGAACAGAUUGGGUUGGUUAGUCAAGAGCCGAUCUUGUUUACUACUACUAUCAGAGAGAAUAUAGCAUAUGGGAAAGAAGAUGCAACCGAUGAGGAGAUUACAGCGGCAAUAAAACUUGCUAAUGCGAAAAUGUUCAUCGACAAACUGCCUCAGGGCCUUGACACCAUGGCGGGACAAAACGGUACUCAACUUUCUGGUGGUCAAAAGCAAAGAAUUGCAAUUGCUAGAGCAAUAUUGAAGAACCCGAGAAUCCUGCUUCUUGAUGAAGCAACGAGUGCGUUGGAUGCUGAGUCUGAACGUAUUGUUCAAGAAGCUUUAGAAAAAAUUAUGUUUAAAAGGACUACCGUUGUUGUUGCGCAUCGUUUAACAACUAUCAGAAAUGCUGACAGUAUAGCAGUGGUUCAUCAGGGAAAAAUCGUGGAGAAAGGAGCUCAUGAUGAGCUAAUCAAAGAUGUAGAAGGUGCUUAUUCUCAGCUUAUUCGUUUACAAGAAGGAGAAAAAGAAAGCCAAAAUUCUGAAGCAGAUAAGUCAAGCCACAUGUUAAAUAGAGAUUUGUCUAGAUCUUCCACCCAAAAGAAUUCCCUUGUGAUGUCAACAAGCCAAAGAUUCUCAGGGAGAAUCUCCCAAAUGAAUUCCCUUGUGAUGUCAACAAGCCAAAGAUCCUCGGGGAGAAUCUCCCAAAUUGGUGUACAAAUAGAAGAACCAGAUAUCGAAGAAGGUCAAGUUGAUAGUAAUAAGAAGAAACAGAAAAAUGUUUCUAUAAGACGUUUGGCCUACUUGAACAAACCUGAGAUUCCUGUCUUACUGCUUGGGUCCAUUGCUGCAAUAGUGAACGGUGUAGUGUUCCCUGUAUUUGGCCUAGUCUUCUCAUCGGCCAUUAGUAUGUUUUACAAACCUCCAGAACAACAGAAGAAAGAAGCUAGGCUCUGGUCGCUUCUAUACGUUGGUUUGGGUUUGGUUACUCUAGUGGUUUUACCACUUCAGAAUUACUUCUUUGGGAUUGCAGGUGGGAAACUUGUAGAAAGAAUUCGUUCGCUGACAUUUGCAAAGGUUGUGCACCAAGAAAUAAGUUGGUUUGAUGACCCUGCAAAUUCAAGUGGUGCAGUUGGUGCAAGACUAUCAACCGACGCUUCAACUGUGAAAAGUCUUGUUGGAGACACAUUGGCUCUUAUUGUGCAAAACAUAUCAACAAUCACAGCUGGUCUAGUUGUAGCAUUCACUGCUAAUUGGAUUCUCGCUUUUAUAGUUUUGGCUGUGUCACCAGUGGUUCUUGUGCAAGGAAUCAUUCAGAUGAAGUUUCUUGAAGGAUUCAGUGGAGAUGCCAAGGUGAUGUAUGAACAGGCGAGUCAAGUGGCAAACGACGCUGUUAGUAGCAUCAGAACUGUUGCAUCAUUUUGUGCAGAAUCAAAGGUUAUGGAUAUGUAUCGGAAGAAAUGUUCAGGUCCAGAAAAACAAGGUGUUCGUUCAGGGCUUGUAAGUGGUGCAGGAUUCGGCUUCUCUUUUGCGGCUCUAUAUUGCAUGACUGCUUUUUGUUUCUACAUAGGAGCUAUUUUAGUGCAGAAUGAUAAAGCAACUUUUCCAGAGGUUUUCAAGGUUUUCUUCAGUUUAACUAUAACAGCAAUUGGCGUUUCUCAGUCUAGUACUUUGGCACCAGACACUAAUAAGGCGAAAGAUUCCGCCGCUUCGAUAUUUGAAAUUCUUGACAGUAAACCUACUAUUGACUCCAGUAGUAACGAAGGCGAAACAUCAGAAACAGUUACAGGUGAUAUUGAACUUCAACAUGUCUGCUUCAAUUACCCAACAAGGCCUCAUAUUCAAAUUUUCAAAGAUUUAUGUCUAAGUAUCCCUGCCGGAAAGACUGUUGCCUUGGUUGGAGAAAGUGGAAGCGGAAAAUCAACAGUUAUAAGCCUCUUAGAGCGAUUUUAUAACCCGGACUCAGGACAUGUACUACUCGACGGAGUGGAUAUAAAAACUUUCAGAUUAAGCUGGUUGAGGCAACAGAUGGGUUUAGUUGGUCAAGAGCCUAUUCUUUUCAACGAAAGCAUUCGCGCCAACAUAGCUUAUGGCAAAGAAGGAACUGCUACAGAAGAUGAGAUCAUUGAAGCAGCUAAAGCAGCCAAUGCACACAGCUUCAUAAGUUCUCUUCCAACUGGUUACGAUACAUCGGUUGGCGAAAGAGGCACACAGUUAUCAGGUGGACAAAAGCAACGCAUUGCUAUUGCAAGAGCAAUGUUGAAAAACCCGAAAAUACUUCUGCUUGAUGAAGCGACAAGUGCACUUGACGCGGAGUCAGAGCGUAUAGUUCAAGAGGCUUUAGAUAAAGUGAGUGUGAACAGAACUACUGUGGUGGUGGCUCACCGUCUUACAACGAUUCGAGGAGCUGAUACUAUAGCAGUAAUUAAAAAUGGAGUGGUUGCUGAAAAGGGAAGACAUGAUGUGUUGAUGAAGAUUACUGAUGGUGUUUAUGCUUCAUUAGUAGCUCUUCAUUCAAGUUCAUCAUAAGCUAUUUCAUAUCAUCUUCUUACCUACUCCUCUAACAUCUCCCACAUUCUUCUAGAAUCAAGAUCCUAGGAACACGAUCUAAAGUCUCAGCAUCAAUAUCAUUGUUUUUUUAUUACUAAGAUUAUUGUAUU